AGGCGAUGGUGACCAGGUAUGCGUCCAUAUCAACAAGAAAGCUAUCCAACGCACUGAAAGUUCUUACUUAUGAUAAGUGCAUGGUUGCUACAAGUGACUAUGACGACUUCCACAAGAUGGUCAAACGAUUUAUAAUGUCAAGCCUCUUGGGUGCUAAUGCUCAGAAACGAGUUAGAAGCAAUAGAGAUACUUUGCUGGAAAACUCAGCAACCCAGUUGCAUGCUCAUUACAAGAGCUUCCCUGACGAGCCUGUGAAUUUCAGGAAAAUAUUUGUGUCCGAGCUCUUUGGAUUGGCAAUGAAACAAGCUUUGGGGAGGGAUGUGGAAUCUGUUUAUGUGGAUGAGCUUGGAAAAACUCUGUCCCGACAGGAGAUAUUCAAGGUUUUAGUUUUGGACAUGAUGGAGGGUGCAAUUGAAGUGGAUUGGAGAGAUUUCUUUCCAUAUCUUAAAUGGGUUCCUAACAAGAGCUUUGAAGUUAAAAUCCGUGAAAAGCAUUUCCGCAGGCUUGCAGUGAUGAAUGCCCUUAUCAAAGAACACAAGAAAUGGCUUGAUUCUGGAGAGGAAACUGUGAGUUGUUAUCUUGAUUUCUUACUAUCGGAAGGAAAGUCACUUACCAAGGAACAAAUUGCUAUACUACUUUGGGAGACAAUUAUUGAGACAGCAGACACCACUCUGGUAACAACUGAGUGGGCAAUGUAUGAACUUGCUAAAGAUAAGACCAGACAGGAUCUUCUGUAUGAGGAACUCAGAAAUCUAUGUGGGGCAGAAAAGAUUAAGGAGGAACAAUUGUCCAAACUUCCGUACUUGAAUAGUGUAUUUCAUGAGACACUGAGAAAAUACAGUCCAGCUCCUCUAGUUCCAGUACGUUAUGUACAUGAAGAUACUCAAUUGGGAGGCUAUUACAUUCCUUCUGGAACUGAGAUUGCCAUAAACAUCUAUGGUUGUAACAUGGACAAAAACCAAUGGGAGAGUCCUGAGCAGUGGAUGCCUGAAAGGUUUUUGAAUGAUAAAUUUGAUGCGUUGGAGCUGCACAAGACAAUGGCAUUUGGGGCAGGAAGGAGGGCUUGUGCAGGUGCUCUUCAGGCAAAUUUGAUAGGCUCAACAGCGAUUGGGAGGUUAGUGCAGGAAUUCGAGUGGAGUCUAAGCUAUGGAGAGAAAGAGGAUGUUGAUACUCUUGGUCUCACCUCUCAAAAGCUUCAUCCUUUGCAUGCAAUCAUAAAACCAAGAGACUAAACCAGUAUCUCUAUUAUCCUCAGCUGGCUGCCCAAGUUUAUUUUAGUGUGCAUCAAAGUUGAAGAGAGAGUAACUGUCAGCUUUUGUACUUAUAAUCUCACUGCUUGCUCUCUUAAUUUCUGUCUGGAUAUUGUAGUAAUUUUGUUGCUUGGGGUCUAGAAUGUCAAACUCUUUGCAUAAUAAAUUGGAAUUUCUGUAAAAA